AGAAAGCGUCUUGCUCAAUUCAACGGCCACCACGACUUCAACAAUGCAUCGAACUACUCGCUCGCCUGGACUCGUGAUGGCGCACAUCUCCUCUCAGCAGGUGAUGGAGAUCCCGUCAUUCGUUCAUGGGACAUAUCCACCUGGAAACAGGCUGGUGAUCCCUGGAUUGGUCAUGGCGAAGACAAGCCCAUCAACCAUAUGGUCCAUAUCAUAUCGAACACAACGGGCACCCUUCUCGCAUCAGCAUCUAAUGACUGCACUGUUCGAUUGUGGCAGUUUCCCACAGGCACAGAAGUCGCCCGAUUUAAGCACUCAGAUCCGGUGUCUCGUGUUACAUUCUCGGUGGAUGGACGCUCUAUAUUCAGUGGCGGCUGGGACGGGAAAAUCUCGCAAUGGGAGAUACCUGAGGAUGUGCUCAUAGCAGCCGAAAUUGAUCUUUCAGCCAGCGCGAAGAAUGAGGCUGCUCGGGGCAAACACAAUAUGAAACGCCUGCUUAAUUCGGAGAUUCCUGGCCAGCGCCAAAGUAAGCCGACGACCUACCAGCGCUUCGACACGUCUCGUGGAUGGGAUACUUACUCUGCAUCACCACUCGCUCAUGCGGAACGUCCUUCAUCUUCUCGCUUGCUUGAUCUCAAGACCUUUUUCGAUGGCAUCUGGCCGUCAUCUGACAAGAAGGGGAAGCAAAAGGAGCGCCGGCCAAAACGAAAUGCUCCCGAAGUCAUUGAUGUUCCUCUCGGAAUAGCAACACCUGGCGACGUUGUUGGUGUGGACGACGGAAUACGACCAUAUGUACUCUUCUUUUGCCUCAGCUGGUUCCAGAAGAAGAAAAAACCGGAUCCACCACGGCCGGUCUAUGACGACGAACUCGAUGACGACGAAUCUGAACAUGCCAUUAUUGAUAUUCCUAUAUCUACUACACGGACCCAAAUUGAAACUGACAAGAAAACCAAAUUGACACCAAUGUCUUUUUUUCCAGUCACAGCCAGAGGCAGGACCAUGUCGCCUUGCACCUGCAGUUGAUGUAGAUCCUGUUGAUGUCCCGAUACCUACUACCAGAAGACCAGCAUGAAGAA